AGGGCCGAAUGUUUAAUAACAAGGACAGUUAUUGUCACUUGAGGAUGUCCAAGGAUGGUUUAUAUGACAAAGGCGUGAAGACAAGUGUCUAAGGAGCAGUUUUACUUGGUGUUACAAGCUUGUUGGAGCAGAACAUGAACAUCAAUCCCGUUUCAUAGCUAUACUAGGUUGGGUUAUCGGCUAGUGUAUUGUUCAGCCCUGUGUGAAGUGACGGAAUGCUGUAAAUGUGAUGUAAAUGAAGACACGACAGUAGAUUUCUAGUUCUGCCGAUGUUGAUGGACUAGAAUUUUCCUGUUUUCCACAUCUCCAUAUUCAGCAAACUUUAUUUAAGUGAUCGUUGUAUCAAGAGAUAGACCCAGUGACAUUUAUGCAUGUUAUUAUGUGUUAAUAUUUGAAGAAAGUUCAUUAUUUCACGAUUUGGACAGCAUUGAAAACAUAACAACGUGUUGCAAGAAUUUUGAAGUGGACAUGACAAGUAUAGUGUUUGGUGGGUGACAUGAAGUGUUGGCAUAAUGUGGUGCUAUGCCCGAGUGUUAGCCCACUACCCGUAUGUGGUGUUGACUGCUGUCCUGUUGGUCUCUGUCACCUGUCUCAUAGUAACUGUUACCAUCGGCAACAGACCAAACUUUGAGGAGCCAAUGGCUGGCUUUGAGCCAAGGGGUACAGAAAUCAGCAAUCGUUUGACAGCCUACAGCAACCUUGUGGAUGACCCUAAUGUUUCCCCUCAGCCCCAGAAGGCUGUUAUACAGACAGCAAACAAUCAGCUCACCUACAUGGACUUACGGCUUCCUCCAGGAAAUAGGUCAUCACCUGCCACAUAUCAACACAGGAGGUCAAAACGUCGGAAGUGGCGGAAGCCUUUCUUUUGCGAUGUGCCAGAUGGCCAAUGGAUCAAGUUAGUCUACCAUUCCCACAGAAAGACUGAUCUCUUCACACUCCAAAACAUACAGAACAUGUGUGCAUUAGAGGAACGCUACAUCACUUCCAACCCAAUUUACACGAGAAACUGCCUCCGCGAGGCAGACAAUACAAACUGCUGCAGAACUCUGUCGCUCGGAAACUACAUAACCUUGCUCACAGACAAACCCUCUUGCUCAAACCUCACGGAAGACGAUGUACGGAGUGUGAAAAACCUCAUCGAAAUGUGUGUGGGUUUUUACAAAAACUUUUCAUUGACAGAGAGCUGCGACUGGAGGCAUUCCCCUCUAGGGGACUCAUUUCACCGAAAAUGUAAAGAAAUUCCGAAAAGUUGUCAGAAAUACAACGCAGUUUAUAACAUUAUGCAUUUUAUCUCUGAUCAUUCAUUCCAAAGACAAGACCAGAAACUCAGAUACUCUGUGUCUUUUUUACCUAUAUCAUUCCAGUCAUUAACAAAUAGAAAGGUUGAUGAGGCAAUUUCCUUGUACUUAGAUUUAGAGGCAAACGUUGAACCAGUGGGUGAUAUUGAGAUUGCUGGUGCUGAUUUUGGGAUAAAGGAUCAUUUAUUUCAUCAUUAUUUAACCAAAGAUAGUAAAUGGAUUGUUAUAGGAGGUGUUAUUAUAUUUUUUGUUGUUUGGACUUUCACUGGUUCUAUUUUUGUAACUGUUAUGACGUUUAUGUCGAUGUUUUGGUCUCUAGAGUUAGCAUAUUUUUUAUAUGUUUUUGUUUUUGAGAUUACUUUUUUCCCAUACAUGAAUCUUGUUACUGUUUUACUUGUUAUCGCAAUAGGAGCAGAUGAUGUUUUUGUGUACUCAAAAAUAUGGCACCUAGCUAAGAGAGAAAGAAACAAUGGAACUUUAGAAAAGUUAGUUUCCGAUACGUUAAAAAACGCAACCAUGUCAAUGUUUGUUACGAGCUUAACAACUGCUGGUGCUCUUUUUGCAAAUGUUGUUAGUCCAAUUACAUCCAUCAAGUGUUUUAGUAUAUAUGCUGGUACUGCUAUUUUGUGUAAUCUUGUUUUAAUGGUAACUUGGACACCCGCCGCUAUUGUUGCUGAGGAAAAAUGGUGCAAUUUUUGUUUUAUAAACAGUCCCAAAAUUUAUAAAAAGAUACAUGAGUAUUACAGGUUAUUUUUUGAACUUUUAUUGCCAAAGUUUGUGUUACGUUUACGCUUUAUAUGGAUUUUGUUAUUAGGUGCUAUAGGAAUAUUGAGCGGAAUCGCCGUAUUUCAUCACCCAAAGUUAAGAUUGCCUACCUCCUUCCACUUUCAAAUGUUCCGUAACGACCACCUGAUGGAAAUGUAUGAUCAGCAUUUACGGGAAAACUUCUGGUUCGAAAAAGCGGUAGGAGAACGCCGUCCAUUGAUGCCCAUUACCAUAGUGUGGGGCAUAGAAAAAUCAGACAAUGGAGACAGAUUGAAUCCCUAUGACAAAGGUUUCGUCACUUUUGAAGACUCAUUCAAUCCCUCUAGCCCCAGAUCUCAGAUUUGGCUCAGACAAUUUUGUUUUAAAUUGCGGGAAUCAGGGUUUUAUCAACGAGUUACCCCAUUUGAGAUUCCUAACUGCUACAUUGAACACUUUACAUUGUUUAUGAGACAACCAUGUACUGUGGAGGAACCUGUUUGCUGCCAGAGAACUAACUUUCCUUUUCCAGAAAAGAUAUUCAGUCAUUGUAUAGAAAAGUACAUUCCACUUGCUAUGAAAGACUACACUUUCUUUUGGACAAAGUAUACGCCAGGAUUAAAAUUUGUUGGGAAUAAAGUUAAAGCUUUGGUAGUACAGUUUUCCUCCAAUCUUACAUACACAUAUGAUUAUAAAACAAUGGAGACCUUUUAUGUACGAAUGAAUAAAUGGGUUCAUGAGCAGAUGGAAGGUGCCCCAGAAGGCUUGGAUAAAGGAUGGUUUAUAAGUGAAUUCCAGUUCUAUAGUAUACAGAAAAGUUUAGCGGAGGGUUUGCCCGUUGCUUUUGGUAUUUCUAUUCUUGUUGCUACUCUUGUUACAUUCUUUACAUCUCUAAAUGUUUUGCUUACUUUGUAUGCUAUGGUAACUAUAACAUUCAUAAUGAUGACAACAACUGCCUGCUUAGUCCUGCUGGACUGGGAACUGAAUGUGUUGGAGUCUGUCAUAAUUACAGUAUCCGUUGGCUUAUCAAUUGACUUUACCUUGCAUUACGGGGUUGCAUAUAGACUUGCCCCAGACCUAGAUCGUAAAAACCGGGCCUACUGUUCAUUGGUCAGGGUGGGUAGUGUUAUUUGUAUGGCAGCCCUUACAACGUUCCUCGCUGGCCUGUGUAUGGUGCCAUCUGUCACGCUUGUGUACCAGAAGUUUGGGAUAUUUCUGAUGCUGGUCAUCAGUAUUAGCUGGGUGUACUCCACAUUCUUUUUCCAGUCGCUGCUCAAUGUUAUCGGUCCCCAGAGCGGGUUUGGUCAGUUCCACUGGCCGUCGCUCGAUUGUUGCUCAAUGUCCUCGCAGAGUCACGUUGAUCGCACUGUCUACACAAUGUCAGAGUCCACUAUGUCCACCUCAAGUUCCGGUUAUCACUACCAUCCCAGCAUAGACACAAAUGCCACUGAACAUGACUACCUAUCUGAGCGCUCUGAUUCUCACCCGAACACCCCGCAUCAUUACAGGACUAGGCCAGGCAGGAACUACGCGAGGCCAAAAAGUGAGAGUUUGAGUCCAGAUAACCAGUUUGAGCGUAAACUGUUAAACGGGGAUGAUAAAAACAGCAGUGGGGAUAGGACCAGUGGUAACAGCACACUGGAGAGGGCUGGCAAGACUAUUUGUGGAGUAGUGAUGGAUAUUCAGGAUGAAGAAAAUGAUGAAGCUGAAAAACAAAGCACUGCAGUAUGAUGUAUACAUUUAUGAACCAAGUUAACAAAUGAAUGCAUUAUCGAUCCUUUAAGAAGUCCAUUUUGAACAUUUUUGUAUAUGCAUUUAUGUAUUUGCCUGUUCAUAUUCAAACAAGCAUUAUAUGACUUUCCAUCACCUUUUCAUAUUGAAGUGAGUGUAUCAUGAUAUCAGUGCUAAUAUUAUUGUUUUUAGAGCCAUUUGUUUUAAAUGUAUUAUUUUUGUAUUUUUUCAUAACAUCUAAACUUGUAAAUCUAUGUGACAUGACAAGGUUGUAUUUACCAUCACCCCAUUAACACUCAUUAUUCAUUAUUUUUUUAAAUGGGGAUCUUUAAUUAACAAAGGGCAGUAACUUUCAUUAAGUUUUACUCCAAGCUACCUCAGUGAUAUUUCUUUGACAAAACUGCUAUGAAAUCCUGCUACCGGUAGUGAUAUUAUACAUAUGGUAUUACUUCUUUACCUUAGGGCUACCAAUGUUAUAAGCAAUAUAUUAUUUUGUGAAAUACAUACAAAAAUCUUUUUUUCAGGUGAAAUUCUUAGGAACUUGUUAUUGAUAAUUUUGUUUAAGCGGUUGUUAGUAUGAAAGGCACCGGACCACAAUUUCACAAAAAUACUCAAGUCAAAUUUAAAUCUCAACUCAUUUUACCACAUCUAAGAUAGUAUGAUGAAAAUCUUGUAUGUUUUUACUCUUUUUAGAUAUGUAUUUUCUCAUAAAAUGUGUCAAUAAAAUCCUUUAUGUCACUUAUUUAAAGAAAAUUGAAUAUAGUGUUUUUGAGUAUGGUGUUUGGUUAAAAAAAUGGUUGUACUCAAUUACAUUUUUUGCUGGUGAAUAUUUUUUCAUAAGAAACAUGACCAAAUAUUUAUUGAACAUAUUCUGUUGGAGAAUGUGCUUUAAAGAGUAAAAACGUGAUUUUGAAUAACUUUUGAUGUUAUGUGGUAACAUGAAGCGAGUCUGAGUUUGAGAUCUUACUUUGGUAUUUUCGUGAUAAUGGGAUCUGUCAUUGAAGUUUGACAAAUUCGACUGACCAGAUUGAUGGUAAAGAAAAAACAAUAUCUGCAGGGUUUUAGAAAACCAUGUUUUUAAAAAGACAAUUAGCAGCAAAAAAGGGACAGGGUGCUAAGAGUAAAAAGGGCACAUUUAAUCCAGCUGUGAAGAACUUUCAAAACCCCAAAAUAGUAUGCAUUUACAAUCUUAAUAUCCGUUAUAAUUAAACAAUAGAAAUAUUUGACAGUCUGAAGCAUUUGAUUCAAUUAAAUUAAUUAAUUUCUGAGGGCAGAAUGGUUGUAUGAAAAAAUGAUAGGGGGCCGCAACCGUAUAUUACUCGAGCUGAAACCAUAUAUUAGUCUUAUAUAACAUAAGUGAUUUUGAAGACUGAAUCUCAUUUGAAAGAAGCCAUUAUGUUUUUAUUUAGUACAUAUUUUUUUUGGAAUAGUAAUUUAUUGUUUUGGAUUCAUACUGAGUUUGUGUAACAUCAAUCACCAUGAGCCAUGUGCAAUGUUUCAAGUUAUCAUGACUAAUAAAAUAAAAUGAGAAUUACA